AAAAAAAAAUAUUGAAUGUUCAAUAGAGAAAUAUACUUCACUUGGCAUGUUAAAAAUAAAUAUUUAGUCAAUAAACAUAUCAAUAUCCAUUCACAAAACAUAAUGAUAGAUGUUUGUAUGGCAGCAUGCGUGUGUUGAUCACAUUUGAUGAAAAAGCUAUUAAAUAAAAUAUAUUAUAAGUUUACAAAUUUACAGAGUAUGCGUGGUAUUUGGCACGUAACUCCAGCGACGGCGCAUUAUAUGUAGCCAUCAUCAUCAUCACUACACCACCUUUUGUGAUAGUAGUAUAGAGAAAGGGUAGCGGUGAAGGUUCACCUACCCUCAGACAAGUCGGCUGCUCGAUCAUCGUCAUUGUAAUUGUUUGUUGUGUUGCCAGAUUCAUUGUGAAUGUUGCCAUUUCAUAAUUGUGUUGUUCUCUUCAUGAUUAUCAUUCUCAUACCCAUUUAAUUCUUUCCAUCACGCGUCAUUUUUGUACGCAUGACUAUUAAACAUAUCAUUUUUGUCAUUGUUAUUGUAGUCAUUAAAUUGCCAACAACAUACCUUUCAAACUCACAUAUUUUAUUUUGUGCGGGUUUAUUAUUUGACUUAUGCGCAAAAUUCCUGUGCAGUAUACGCUUCCACACCAAUUUAACUCGUAUAUACAUCUGUCGACGGGGGGUUACCGGGUCAUACCAGUUGUCCUAGUUUUUGGCUGCCAAUAAAAAGAUAUAGAAACUGCUCAGACUAUUAGAUUACUUCCUUUGUUUUAGACUGUUUUCCAUAAGAUUUUAAUAAUUGACAUUUUACUGAUAAUCAAUUGUAUUAUCCAGUGUAGUAUUUACACCAAAACUAUGACUGCAUCUGUUGUAUUUAUUUUGACAUUAUUUUUAUAGUGAUUCACAAUGAAGUUUAAGGGUAAACAAUUUUAUAUCUUGUGACUAAUAAGCCUAGUAACUAGACAUGUUUACAAUAAACUAUCCCUUGCGAUUGUUCACUUUGAAAAAUGAUAGGUGCAGGAUCACGCUUAAUGAGUCCCUAUUGGAGUAGGCGUUGAUAGGAUUGCAGAUUGAGUAUCAGUAAAGUAUAAAGUGUAGAAGGACGUAAUACAUUUAAAGGAAAGAAAUGACGCGUACGUGACGACGACGUCAGAAUGACAUCAUGAAGAGCUGUUUGGUGGUGCAGGGGAUCAUGUGGGUAAUUUUGGUACUCGUGUCGGGCGGAUGUACUGGAAAUCCAGAUGCAAAACGCCUCUACGAUGAUCUUCUGUCAAAUUAUAAUAAAUUAGUACGGCCAGUGGUUAAUGUUACCGAUGCACUCACUGUUAAAAUUAAACUCAAAUUAUCGCAGCUUAUUGAUGUAAAUUUGAAGAACCAAAUAAUGACGACAAAUCUCUGGGUAGAGCAGUCGUGGUAUGAUUAUAAGCUGCAAUGGGAUCCUAAAGAGUAUGGAGGAGUGGAAAUGCUGCAUGUACCAUCUGAUCACAUAUGGAGGCCUGAUAUAGUACUAUAUAACAAUGCUGAUGGUAAUUUCGAAGUCACUCUUGCUACAAAAGCGACUUUGAAUUAUACAGGUAGAGUGGAUUGGAAGCCGCCUGCCAUUUACAAGUCUUCCUGCGAAAUUGAUGUCGAAUAUUUUCCGUUUGAUGAACAAACAUGCGUUAUGAAGUUUGGCUCAUGGACUUACGAUGGAUUUCAGGUUGAUUUGAGGCAUAUCGAUGAAGUUCAUGGAAAUAAUGUUGUGGAUAUUGGUGUUGAUCUUUCAGAAUUUUAUACGUCGGUUGAAUGGGACAUUCUUGAAGUUCCUGCAGUCAGAAAUGAAAAAUAUUACACGUGUUGUGAUGAGCCUUAUCUUGAUAUCACCUUUAACAUAACAAUGAGACGAAAAACAUUAUUUUAUACAGUAAAUCUAAUAAUACCCUGUAUGGGAAUAUCAUUUUUAACAGUUUUGGUUUUCUACCUACCAAGUGAUAGUGGAGAAAAGGUCAGUCUCUCAAUCUCCAUUCUUUUAUCAUUAACUGUGUUCUUCCUCCUGUUAGCUGAAAUUAUCCCACCAACGUCAUUAGUGGUUCCCCUGUUGGGUAAAUUUGUAUUAUUUACCAUGAUACUCGACACAUUCAGUAUAUGUGUGACGGUCGUUGUCCUAAAUGUCCAUUUUCGAUCCCCACAAACUCACAUCAUGGCACCUUGGGUCCGACGUGUUUUCAUUCAUGUUCUACCAAGACUGUUGGUAAUGCGCAGGCCGCAGUAUCAGAUAGACAAACGUAGUUAUGAUCACAGUGGUUAUCAUACGGGUCAUCAUCAACGUAUAAUGGUAAGAACUUGUAAUGGUCUAGAAGUUCGAGAUCCUACGCUUUUCAUGGACGAUUCGUCUACUUCUGAACCACAAUUGCCACCACCGCCGCAUGUACUGUUGUUCCCAAGUGUUGUCAAUUCACAUAACUCACGCGAGUUAGAACCAAUUACUUUAGAUAGUGGAUGCCAAAUUCAUGGAUCAUCAUCUGCUGUAGCUGCAGGUGCAACUGUAGUACCACAGUCUUCACCUCGACUUGCUGAAACGAAUAAUUUAGAUGAGUUGUGUAAAACUCUUAAUAAUUGGCAUCAUUGUCCAGAACUUUACAAAGCUAUUGAAGCUAUUCGAUAUAUUGCUGAUCACACAAAACGAGAUGAAGAUGCAACUCGAGUAAAAGAAGAUUGGAAGUACGUGGCGAUGGUAUUAGACAGAUUGUUUUUGUGGAUAUUUACACUUGCUGUUGUUGUUGGGACCGCCGGUAUAAUUUUGCAAGCACCAACUUUGUACGAUGAUCGUAUCCCUAUUGACAUUAGAUUAUCAGAAAUAGCUUCAACCACUGCCAAACCGCACAUCGUGGCAACUCUUUGAGUAUGUAUGUAAUAGCAUUUACGCCGUAUGGUGCAAUAUACUUCGUUAUACAAAUAAUACAUCCAUAAAACCCAAUUCCAUUCAAAAAGAAAAAUAAAAAGACUGACAGCGAUAUGUCUUGUUAAGUCAGCAAUAUGUAUGUGUAUGUGCUUAUUGAUUAAGCGCAAUAACAUAAAUGAGAAAAAAACUCAACUUGCCGAAGUUCAUAAUAAUUUUCUUUAAAAUUGAGUAUUAAUUUAUAUAUAAAUAUUCAAGAGGAGUAAAUAUAAAUUAUAAUAAUAGUGCAAAUAAUAAUGUAUAAACAGUGUAAAAUUUUUCAACGUCAUGUUUUAAACUUGAUUCAUUCCUGAUUAUAAUGUGAAAAUUAAUUGAAUCUUUAGAUAAUUUAGCUAAUAAUGAACAUAAUGAUAAAUGAUAUUAAUUAUGAAAUAAAAUAUAUGAAUAAAUAAAUAAUGUGACUAGUGCGUGCAUAAAAUAUGAAAAUUAUUGUAGUACAUUAACAAUUUUAGUAAGUAUACAGGAGGGAAAAUAUCCACCUGUUGCAGACUCAGGAAGAGAUUUUAUUUGUUUUUUAAGUAACAUGUACUACAUCGAUUUUAUUGCAUAUAUUAUAUAGGGGCCAGUUGGAAAUAAUGUAGAAAUAAGGGAUUUAAAUGAAUGAAGGUGCAUAAUGCGUCUGUCACACAAUGAAAUUCUAAAUUUCUGUUUCUCAUGCAAAGAAACAGAAAAUGUUGGGUCGCAUCUCAUUAUAUAAACGGCCCACAUAUUGUUGCUCACCUUAUAUAAAGAUAAAAAAAAAUAUAUAUAUAUAUAUGUAAUUUAAAAAGUAUUUGCAUAUUAUAUUAACUGUAUGGCCAUUCAAUGAUAAUAAUUUCUUUAUAAUAUUUCAUACGCGAGUAUAUGUUUGAGUGUGAAAUAUGUAGUAAAUUCAAAAGAAUGUAUAAAUUAUUACAUCAAGUAUAUUUCUUAAAAAUGUGGCAAAUACAUGGAAACAUAAUUGUUAUUAA